GUGCUCUUCAACUUCCUUUUGUGUCAUUGCUAAAGCAUCACGCAGGUUGGACAAUUUUUCUCUCAGCGAUGUUUGCUUGCUUAGUUAGGUUUUGGGAAGUCGGGUUAACGCCGUGUUCCACGCUGGCUCACAGGCACGAAGUGACUGUUUUUUCUGUGAAUGCUUCGGGGGUGGUGGUGGAGAGCAGCAUCUGCUCGCAAAGCCAUCACGCUCCUGGGCGUGAGGGAGGCUGGAGUUUGCUCCUGCCUUGUCCGACUUCUUAGUUCUUAGUCGUUUCCGAACGGAAAUGAUGCUAAACCUCGAUUGGCUCGGCAGAACAGCACUUCGGGUGGCCCUACAGCCAUCGAAACGAAGUUGCUGGUAGCCUAAGAUGUCACAACGAAGCAGGAAGCACCUCAGAAAGAUACCGAACAUUCUAUGUGAGCUGGAUUUCCUGCCUGCAUUAGGAAUCCAAGGCUAGACCUAGAAAAAUCUGUUUCGGGGUCGGCCUCCGCAGAAGGGAGCAGGCUGCCGGGCUGCGCGGUGCAGAGGUCCCCUCUGGUGAGAGGUGUCGGGGCGGUGCUUUCCACGGACCUCCACCACCGUGCUCGCUGCCGGUGCCUGCCCCACGGAGCCUCCCCUAGUCAGCAGCCUGAGCACCGGCACGGAGGCGAGGAAGGCGAAAGGGAAGCUUGUCUUUCGCCUUCGUGUUUGAGCCGCCCUCAAGCUACAGUAGCCACCGUGCACCGGAGGGGGGGGGGGGGGGGGGGGGGGGAUCUCGCCUACCCCUUCCAUAUUUAACCAUUACCUAAAUCCGAAGGGAAAUGAGCAAACCUCUAGGCUUGGGUCUUAAGGUAUUUUCAGCGCCGUUGGGCGUAUUUAUCCCGAAAGAGUUUUCCACAACAAGUUAUUUCUAGUCUAGGGGAGGUCUCCGUCGCCCAGGGCCUUGCCUAAGCCCCGAUUCUAAAUGCCACGCACGGCUCGAUGGCGGCUCGACCCCGUCCCCGGGCAGGGGGCAGAGAUGCCACCCGGAGCCUACUCGUCAGCGCGGGCGCCCUCUCCUCCGUCCCCUGCCCUCUGCCUCUGCCCGCCUUGAGUCAGUCUGUGUUUUGAAUCUGUGACUUGUUCUCGUUGCGGAAGUUGAAGGGGAUCCAAGAAUAGUUCAGAUAGAUGUGUAUAAUUUCUAGUGCAGAACACCGAGAGAAAUGAAAAGCCCCGUUCCAAAAUGACACUUCGAUGUCACUUCAGCGAGCCCUGUGAGGUGGAAUACGAAGCUCCUAACGCUCAGGAAGUGGAAUUUGUGGUUUAGGGGGCCGAGCUCUGAAGGAGUUGAGAGGCACUAAAAAAAAAAAAAAAAAAGAAAAAGAAAAAAAAAAGCCAACUCAAGCACCAUUGCUCUUUAAAGGGAGGCUAAAUUUAAAGUCACCCAAACUGGCAGCCUGCGGCGCAAACCCCGUCUGCAGCCCAGCUUCCUUCACCCCUCCACAUGGGUCGCCUUCCCACCGGCGCCCCGCGGGAGAGUUGGGGGUGACGCUCGCGGCCGCCGUGCCUGGCGCUUGGAGAAGGAGCGCGGCCGUGCCGGCCGUGGCAGCACCCCCACCAUGCCGAGGUCCUUCCUAGUGAAGAGCAAGAAAGCGCACAGCUACCACCAGCCUCGCUCCGCCGACGAGGACUACAGCCUGCGGCUGGAGACGGUGCUAGCCCAGAUCUGUGCAGACAGCAAGAUCCCCGAGGACGCGGAGCUGUGCCGCACCAUCCUGCCCGACCCGGAGCCUUCCCAGGGACGCUUCUCCCCGGAAUCCCACCUUGCCGAGGCUGCCGAUGGCACCUCCGAGUCAGCGCCCAGCUGCGAGGGCAGCGUCUGUGACAGAGUGUCCGAGUUUGAGGAUUUCUGGAGACCUCCCUCGCCCUCCGUUUCGCCAGCCUCUGAGCGAUCUGUGUGUCCAUCCCUAGAUGAAGCACCCCCCUUCUCGGUGCCCUUCAAGCCGUACAUGUGGAACAGCCUAGGUGGCUCUGAACUGAGGCAUCUUGUGCAAAGCUACAGGCCCUGCCCAACACUGGAGCGAACCUCAGCCCUUGGGCUCUUCUGUGAGCGAGGCUCUGAGUCUGCCCUCUACAGUGCUGAGUGUAGCUCUUCUCUUGGACUUUAUGGUGACUUCAGCUCCCCAGGCCCGGGGCUGUAUGAGCGUCCGCCAGCAGCAGCACCCAGACUCUAUGCUGAGACGCAGCCUGGGCUGCAGCAAGAGAAGGGCCCAGGUGGCAUCAAAGUGGAGUCAGACCUCUUGUGCCGCCCAUUGCUCAUCAGUACUGGCUCUUACAAGUGUGUCAAGUGCAGCAAGGUCUUCUCCACACCACAUGGCCUUGAGGUACACGUGCGCCGCUCACACAGUGGCACGAGGCCCUUUGCCUGUGACAUGUGUGGCAAGACCUUUGGCCAUGCAGUCAGCCUGGAGCAGCACAAGGCCGUGCAUUCGCAGGAACGCAGCUUUGAUUGUAAGAUUUGUGGCAAGAGCUUUAAGAGAUCUUCUACUCUGUCCACCCACCUGCUCAUCCACUCGGACACACGGCCCUAUCCAUGCCAGUACUGUGGGAAACGGUUCCACCAGAAAUCUGAUAUGAAGAAGCACACCUUCAUUCACACAGGGUUUACCAGUUUACAAUAGGAACAACAUGAGUUCCCUCCUCUAGAACAAACACUAAACUGGAGGGCUUAGGGUCCAACUCAGACUAAAUAUUUGUUCAGAGGUGUCUGCACUUCCACAUGCUGCAGUUUUGUACAGAAUGGAAGAAGAGGUGCAGAGUUCUCAAGUUUCACUGCUAGUAAUAAACAUGGAAACUAAUAAAGUGCAGGUGAAUCAUCAAAGGAAAUUGUUUUAAAAAUAUCAUUCAGUGAGAAGGCAAGUUUAUCAGAAAUCUUAAAAUCUUGCCUUUCAGACCUGAAUCACUCACUUAAAGUAGAGGGAAAGGAAUGAUGUGUGAGAUACAGAAGCAGUUGUAGACACAAAAAAAUAACACCUGUACUGGCCAAACCCAAGGUUCAGAUGACCAAAAUCCGGUUUCCUGGUAGUGACCUCUAGCAGAUAUCAAGGGUGAAGCUUAAACAUGGCCAAUACAUAGAAAGAUAGUGCAACAUUACAUGUAGCACUGCUUGGCUGUUACUUUUCUAGAUGACAAGCAGUGAAAAAUAAAUGUUACAUAUAGAGGUUUUCCACAAGAAGCUUGCUGGAUGAAAAUUAACUAUUCAGGAAGUAAUACAAAAAGUUCCACAGUAACUUUUUCCAAUGAGUCUUGAUGAAGUAAAUUUCAGCCAAACUCUGAAUCAGUCAAAACCAUUAUUUGGUUGUGAGAUCAGAAAUUGUGCCUGGACUUCUACAUUGCUAAUACAAAACCACAUCCUUAACUGAAUCAGGGAUCCCUUUCAUACGCAGCGUACAUCUGUGAACUGAGCCUCCAGCACAUUUUGUAUUAUUUUAUGUUUCUGAGAAUCUCAUCUUCAGACAUGAAAAGAGUUUGUUGUGCCAGCUGAAGUCAGUGGGCUCUGCAGGUGCAAAGCUGCUCUGAAAAUCAGGCUUGGUUUUGUGGUUGGAUUCCUUUUUAUCUGUUAUUUGAUAACAAACACUAUGAAAAUGCACUGAGAUCCUGCUUCCAUGGAGGCCAGUGGAGUUUUGUCACUCAUCCCUCUGCAGGAGAAUUUUAGGGCUGAAUUUGUUCCCUUUUAUGUUAUUUGCCUGCAGAAAAAUUUCAGGGAUGACUCAGGGUGACUGCUAGCACUUCAGUAUGGGGAACGGAGAGGAGAGCAGAUCUCUGGGUGAAGCCUGGCCUUCAGGGUUCACUUAAGGGCACUCAGACCUUCCUUAGGGACAGACCACAACUCAAUGGGUUUGGCUUAACAACCUCCACCUAUCUAUCCUACUUGCCACCACACUGAUGCUAUAACUGAUGUCAGUCCAAAUGACCUGAGAGUCUUUCCAGGAGUUCCUUAUGUUUCUAGGACACAAAGGCAAUUUAAAUCACACAGAGCCAUGCAGCCAAAGUGCAUUCACAAGUUAUUGUAUCCUGAGAACACAAUGUGCUUCAGGCUGCUCUCAGAGCUGUACUGUGGAGGUGCAGCCAAGUUCAGGCCUGCUCUGCUGCAGUACAGGCUCAGGUAAUUAUCUGGGGCUCCCAAUUGCAUGGUUUUUAUUAGAAUAACUUCCUCAGUAAUCACACACGAGUCUCUUUGAUGAGUUCUAAGGUCCACUGUGCAUUUCCUGUUUGCUCUGGUCCUGUGUAGCAAGGAUUGCCU